AUGACUAGCUCUAAUAGCAAUGAUGCAUUAUCGUGGAUUAGUUGGUUCUGCUCUAUGCCAGGGCAUGAAUAUUACGCAGAAGUUUCUGAUGAUUUUAUCGAAGACAGUUUUAAUCUCACUGGACUGUCUGCUCAUGUACCGUUGUACCAGGAAGCAUUUGAGAUGAUCAUGGAUCUUGAGCCAGAAGAUGAUACAUACACACGCAUCCCAGACUUGAGUAUCCUCGAACCACAUGCAGAGAUGCUGUAUGGAAUGAUUCAUCAAAGAUACAUUACUACAAGGCCAGGGCUUCUUCAAAUGCUGAAGAAGUAUGAAGCAGGUGAAUUUGGGUACUGUCCUCGUGUCUAUUGCGAGAAAUAUAAAGUAUUGCCGUGUGGGCAGCAUGAUCUCCCAAAGCUAGGCAAUGUACGACUGUAUUGCCCAAAUUGCAAAGACAUAUACACACCCACAAGCUCAAAGUUUAAUAAUGUGGAUGGUGCCCACUUUGGAUCUUCUUUCCCUCACUUAUUUGUCCAAGCUUUUCCUGAUAUAUUUAUCCCGGAGAUUCCAAAUGUAUACACUGCAAAGAUUUUUGGCUUCCGGGUCCAUGCCCACUCUCCUUAUGGUCCCCGAAUGCAAUGGCUUAGAUCGGUCCCUUCUUCAUCUCUUACUCCUUUGUUAAACCUGCCCACGGACACACAUUCUUAA